GGAGCUCCGAAUAUCUGCAAUACGGAGAUCAUUCGUACUCCAGAGUCUCCUGACUGGUGAGCAAGCAGAGGGGAGCAAGAGGGAUGGGGAGCGGCGCUGCGGAGAGGGGCCAGACUCACAGGCGGCCAGUGCUCCUUCCCUUCCUACUGUCUUUGUUCUGCCGGGCGCUCUCUGAGCAGAUCCGCUACAGGAUUCCCGAGGAAAUGCCCAUGGGCUCGGUAGUGGGAAACCUCGCCAAGGACCUAGGGUUCCGUGUCCUGGAGUUACCGACUCGAAAACUGCGUAUCAGUUCAGAGAAGUCUUACUUCACUGUGAGCUCAGAGACAGGGGAACUGCUUGUGAGCGGCAGGCUAGACAGGGAGCAGAUAUGCGGGAGGCAGCCAGUUUGUGCUCUGGAUUUUGAGGCUGUUGCUGAAAAUCCAUUGAACUUUUACCACGUGAGUGUGGAGAUCGAGGACAUUAAUGAUCACGCGCCAAAAUUUGCGCAUGUUUUCUUUGAUCUGCAAAUAAGUGAGUCUGCUCAGCCAGGCACACGAUUUAUAUUAGAAGUAGCAGAAGAUGCAGAUAUUGCAUUAAACUCUCUACAGAAUUAUAAACUCUCUCCAAGUCCUAAUUUCUCACUGAUAAAUAAAGAGAAACAAGAUGGUAGUAAAUACCCGGAAAUGAUAUUGGAGAAAACCUUAGACCGGGAACAACAGAGUUUCCAUCGUUUAAUCCUGACUGCCUUGGACGGUGGAAAUCCACCCCUAAGUGGCACCACUGAACUACGGAUUCAGGUCACUGAUGCCAAUGACAAUCCCCCUGUAUUCAACCAAGAAGUGUACAGAGUCAGCCUUCGGGAAAAUGUGCCUCCAGGCACCGCUGUACUGCAAGUGUCAGCCAUCGACCAGGAUGAGGGAAUCAACUCAGAAAUUACUUAUUCUUUCUACAGAACUGGGCAAGUCUUUAGUAUAAAUUCAAAGAGUGGGGAAAUUACGACUCAAAAGGUACUGGAUUUUGAAGACACUAAAGAAUAUUCUCUCUUAGUAGAAGGGCGGGAUGGUGGAGGACUGGUCUCACAAUGUACUGUUGAAAUUAACAUUCAAGAUGAAAAUGACAAUAGCCCAGAAGUUACAUUUCAUUCUCUGCUUGAAAUGAUUUUAGAAAAUGCAGUACCUGGAACACUAAUUGCUUUGAUCAAAAUCCAUGACCAAGAUUCUGGGGAAAAUGGGGAGGUUAAUUGUCGAUUAGAAGGUGAAGUCCCAUUUAAAAUAAUCUCUUCAUCUAAAAAUUCUUAUAAGUUGGUAACGGACAGGAACUUGGACCGAGAGCUGACCCCGGAGUACAAUGUCACCAUCACUGCCAUUGACAGGGGCAAACCGCCCCUUUCCUCCAGCAUAUUGGUCACUUUAAACAUUGGAGACGUCAAUGAUAAUGCUCCAAUUUUCCACCAGGCCUCCUAUGUAGUCUAUGUAGCAGAAAACAACCCUCCUGGAGCCUCCAUCGCUCAAGUCAGCGCCUCCGACCCAGACCUGGGGCCCAACGGCCAAGUCUCCUACUCCAUCGCGGCCAGCGACCUGGAGCCUCGGGCACUGUUAUCCUACGUGUCUGUGAGCGAACAGAGCGGCGUGAUGUUCGCACAGCGAGCCUUCGACCACGAGCAGCUUCGAUCCUUUGAGCUGAUUCUGCAGGCUAGUGACCAUGGUUCGCCC